GACGAUCUUAAAACAGCCCUGGCUGUAGCUCGUCAGGUCGGCAUCAUAAAAUCGGAUGACUCGAUCAUCAGAAUCUCUCCACACCUGCCUGGCGAACUUGGUAACCAUGACGGUGCUGACAAAGACUCUCAAACUGAGUCAAAUGACUCGCUUGUAAAGGUGAAACGCUGCAGCCGACUUGUUUAA